AGCACAGACCGGGCCGAUCCCACGUGUGACGGAGCUGUGUUCGCGGCUCACUGACUCCGCCGCUCCGCUCCGCCUGCCGACCAACUGCCCGUGUGCAUCCGCCAGUCACUGCCUGUAGCUGGGUCAGAUAUGGAGGGAGACGGGAGCCAAGCCUCCUUGGGAAGUCCGACCGAUCCGCAGCACGACCCGGGGAAAAUGUUUAUCGGUGGCCUCUGCUGGCAAACUUCACCAGACAGCCUUAGAGAUUAUUUUAGGAAAUUUGGGGAAAUCAGAGAAAGCAUGGUGAUGAGAGACCCAACGACAAAACGGUCAAGGGGUUUUGGCUUCAUCACUUUUGCAGAUGCUGCCAGCGUAGAUAAAGUGUUAGCACAGACGCAGCACGAGUUAGACUCUAAACGGAUUGACCCUAAAGUUGCCUUUCCUAGACGCGCUCAACUCAAGAUGGUCACCAGAACAAAGAAAGUAUUUGUAGGUGGAUUGUCAGCCAACACAGUCAUUGAAGAUAUGAAGCAGUAUUUUGAACAGUUUGGCAAGGUUGAAGACGCCAUGCUAAUGUUUGACAAAACCACCAACCGACAUAGAGGUUUUGGCUUUGUAACAUUUGAAAUAGAGGAUGUGGUGGAGAAAGUCUGCGAGAUCCAUUUCCAUGAAAUCAAUAAUAAAAUGGUAGAAUGUAAAAAGGCCCAGCCUAAGGAAGUGAUGUUUCCUCCCGGGACACGCGGACGGGCAAGGAGCCUACCAUACACAAUGGAGGCCUUCAUGCUGGGCAUGGGCAUGCUAAGUUAUCCUAACAUUGUGGCUACUUAUGGCAGAGGCUACACUGGUUUUGCCCCAAGCUAUAGCUACCAGUUCCCAGGCUUCCCAGCUACAGCGUAUGGACCAGUUACAGCAGUAGCAACAGCUCGUGGAUCAGGGUUCCCUGAUUAUGGGUUGUAUUCUGCAUCUGGACAUGGCAGUGACGUGCGGGGAGGAGCCUACUCCCUGGCUGAUUAUGGCUCCCUGGGGGCCCAGACGGCAACUCAGAUCCUGCCCAGUGAGCAUGCCAGCUCGGCCUGCAACUCUCCCACCUCCCUCCAGCACAUCCUGCACAGCCCGCAACCUUUUAAGAGCCCAGGAACCCAUCCAACUCGGCCUGGACCCUUUCAUGGUGCCAACAGUCCUGGUCCUGUAGCCGACCACUAUGGAACCGCCAGUCAGGACUCUGGUGUGAGCAACUAUAUCAGUGCCACCAGCCCUCAGCCAGGAUCUGGUUUCAGCCACAACAUUGCUGGUCCACUGAUUGCGACAGCUUUUACGAAUGGAUACCACUGAAAGCUAACAGGUGAUGCCUUGCAGCACUAACCACUACAACAUCCAUGCAGAAAGCCAGGGUGGAGGGGACACCAGAUGAAGAACAGCACGAAAAAAGUCAAAAAUCAUCACAGGAAAAAAAGACACACUGAUCCACUCUGACUGUACUGGAGUUAUUGUGUAGAGAUCAAAUGGUUUAUUUUUUGAAUCUUUUUUUCUAGAUUUUCUGAAACUGUGACCUUUUAGUUGUGGAUUUAGAAUCAGUAACUUUUAAGUAUUUAGUUCUGAUUAUUUAUGUGCAUUCGUUUGUUUCUAUCUUCACACAACAAUGUAUGUUUUACUACUACUCUCUCUCUCUCUCUCUCUCUCUGUGUGUGAGUGGGUGUGCGUGUGUGUGUGUUUGUAUGUAUGUGUGUGUGUGUGUUAGCUGAGACACUAUGGAUACUUGAUGAUUGGCAGGUUGUCAGUUUGCACAUACAAAGACAUUGUAAGUAAACCAAUGGGACUCACAAGAGACAGUAUUGGUUCAUCGAAACAACAGAAGACACCAGUAACACUUUGUAGCUUUGGUUCAAGCAAUGUGGUCACUAAACCAAUGUAUUUUUGGCAAUAAGAGGACUCAAAUAUUUUAUUUUCAAAUAAGUCCACUUUUAUAAAUGUUUUGCUGUCUGGAGAAAAAAGAAAAUGCUGUCUUUUUAAUACUACAUCAGAUUUAAAAGCAAGUGUGCAAAUGUAUAUUGUGUUCCAUUAAUUUAGUGAUAUAAAGAGGUGGGUGAACAGGCAAAAGGUCCACAUCACACAGAAUGGGAGGACAUCAACUGUCCCACUGGAGUACCAUUUGUUGCACGAGUGAGGUAACAACAAUCCAAUUACAGAUCCACUUUGGGUUCCAAAAGUCUGAGACUAUUGUUCCAUUUUUGGAACAUGUAUGUAUGCUCUUUGCCUUUCAGCUGUGGCUACCUUUAUGCCAUCUAUCUAUCAAUCUAUCACACAAGUGUGUGUGGCUCUGCACUCUGACACCCAGCAGACAGGUUCUCCUCAUUCUCUGUGUGACGGUGACUCUGGAUCUCAGCACCGUUAAAAGAAGUCAAUCUAAAGCACAAAGGAUAUUUCUGGGAGCACCAGACUCAUCAGUUGUUUCCUUGUGUUUCACGGUUUGUCUUAUACACUCUAAUUGUCUUCACUGGUGUCACACAAAUGUUAGAUGUAUUUUUGGCAACUUGUAUUUCUUCCUGAGUUAAUGGACUGCAUUUGUAAAGCACUUUACUAGUCAAAAUGACCACUCAAAGUGCUUUAUACUACAACUCACAAUACUACAACUCACGAUUGACCAUUGACAUACACAUUCUUCAAUCACAUCCCAUUCUCACUCUGCGGGCACAGGCAUCAGGGGCAAUUUGGGAUUUCGUUUCUUGUCCAAAGACGCUUCAACGUGCAGAGUGGAGGAUUGAACCACUGACCUUACUAUUACUGGAUGGCCUGCUCUACCUUUUGAGUCACAGCCGUCCUGAGGAAGACGUGCAGAUGAUUGUUGGUUAUUACCCCCGUCCUGUGUGUUGUGUUGUGUGCAGACCAGAGAACCGAUUAGACAUUGUACAUUAGUUAUUUAAAAAAUAAAUGAAAAUAUGAAUGUUAUAAAAUUUCCUGUCAACAUGAAUUUGGUAUAACUACAGAGUCAGUCUCUCCUAUAAAGUGUGGAGUGAAUUGAAUUGUAUGAACUGAUUAAAGGGAUAGUUCAGUGAAAAAUUGAAAUUCACUCAUUAUUUACUCACCACUAUGCUGAUGCAGGGGUGGGUGAAGUGUUUGAGUCCACAAAACAAUGCAGUGUACACCCUACGCAUGCCCCUGGUCGAGAGCUAGUGUGCAGUGUGUAUGAGGACUUUUAGGCUUAAAACUUGGUGUAAAUGGCGCCAUUUCGAGUGGAAUAUGAACGUCAGGGCUUUCGGACACUUGGAUGACACCACAGGAGCAGUAUGGAGGCAUGUUAUGGGUUUUUUCUGUUGUUUUUUUACAUUUGAAAAAUUGAUCACCAGGUACUUCAAUUGUAUUGGAUUUGGUUGCAACACUGUUUACCCCUGAAACUCCAAGUGUUUUGUGGACUCCACACUUCACCCACCCCUCCAUCAGCAUAGUGGUGAGUAGAUAAUGAGUGAAUUUCAAUUUUUCACUGAACUAUCCCUUUAAUGUAAAUGCUGUAUUCUUCCCCUCUGUGCCAACAAAGACAUUUUACAAAUUACUUUCACAAACCAUGGGAAGCUGAAUGCUGGACUGUUUUUUGAAACUUAAUAAUCAAUUAAUCAAAAGAUGUGGUAUAAAGAAAAAAAACCUGUAUGUUCCCUUGUUUUACAUUUUUAGGAACGAUUUGUGUCAAUAUUUUUGUGAUUGUUAAUGAUUAUAUGAAUAAUAUCUAUAUAACAAUAAUAAUAUUAUGUACUGUACAUCCACCCUAUUCUCUUUCCAUUCCCUGUCAUCCUUUAUAAUCAUUUCAGUUGAUCAAUGUAUUUCAGUAAUCUAUACAAAGAAAAUGUUGAAGUGCUGUCUUUGAUACCAAUGUAGUGAUCUAUACACUGAUUUGUUUACCUUUUAAACUGUCACCCCCUUUGUCUCACACCCUUACACUUUCUCCCAGUUACUAGUGAUAGAUGUUUUGUAGCUACAGUAGACAACUAGAUGUUUUUACUUAUUAACUUCAGUACUUGUACAUUGUAGUUGAUAAAAUGUGGGGUCAGAUCAGUCUCAAUAUUCACAAAUGCACACAGAAGGAUUCAUAAAUAUGCACAGAAGGAUUUACAAAUACAUUCCAAUGCACACACAAAUAGUUAUCAACGUAUAUAAAUGUAAAACAAUGAAUUACAAAUAAAAAAGGUUUCACAAAUAGAUUUCUGCAUUUGUGUGUGGAUUUCGUAUGUAUUUGUGUGUGGAUCUCGCUACAUUUGUGCGUUUUGUGAGAAUACCCUGACGCGCUGGAUUCACAUAUGUAUUGUUUUGGACACUGACCAAUCUGCAGCCAAUCAGAUGCCGCCCUCAUUUUUAGCCAAUCACAGAGCGCAGCCCGUGUGAUUGUCCACCGGACAGCGCAAAAAGCAGUGUUCAAUGAGCACACAGCACUGUAUUUAAUGCCACUUCCACUUGCUUAACAUAGCGGCGUAAAAAGCGCUCCACCAGAAUGCCAUAUUUUAUGCCAUUCUUUAAUAAGAGCAGCAUAAAAAAACUCAUAGUAAUGCUGUUGGGCUCAUUACCCUCAUGGGGCUGCGCUCAUGUGAUUGGCUGAAAAUGAGGGUGCCAUCUGAUUGGCUACAGAUAGGUCUGUGUC